AUGGAUCCGGACCACGUAACCCCACCCGCCGGACCAAGCACCGGCGGCAGCAACCCCUCUUCCACUUCCAACUCUUCCGCCCCCGGCCCCGGACCUUCGUCCGCCUACCAUUCGGCAUCAGCAUCAGCAGCAGCCGCCGCAAAACGCUCCCGCGUCCUCCUCUCCUGUGGUCCCUGCCGCGCCUCCAAGCUGAAAUGCGACCGCUCCGAGCCGUGCGGCCAGUGUCUGAAGAAGUCCCGCCCGGAAGGCUGCGUCUACGCGCCGAAACCCGAGAAGCAGAAGCCCGCGAAGGGCAUGGCGGCGCGGCUCAAGAGGCUGGAGGGUAUGGUGAGGACGAUGAUGGAUGAGGGAGGAGGUGUCGCGGGAGCGGGACCAGGAGGACCGCAGACUACUGGUGCUGCUGUCGACGCCGUGCAGGAGGAGGAGAAGGGCAUCGCGCAGCCUGGGGGUCAGCUUGUUCAGGGGGGUAGGGCGAGUACGUAUGUUGGGGCUACGCAUUUCAUGGCUAUUCUUGAGGAUAUUGAGGAUAUGAAGAGCUACUUUGAGGAGCCGGAGACCGACUACGACGAGAGCCCUGAACCGUCAGACGAGAUCGAGGCCCCUGAUCUCAUGCUCUUCUCGAGGAACAUGCCUCGCAGCAGAGAGGACCUGUUGAAGCUGCUCCCUGAGCAAAAGAUUGUCGACAGACUCAUCAUGAGGUACUUUUCCUCCCGUAGUCCAUCACAGCGUAAGACACCACGGCUCGGCUCUCGCGAUCUUCACCCCAUGGCUUCUGAGUCUCCAAUCUCCUAUCCGCCGUCUCCCUCCUUCAUACCCUUACUGCCAACAAUCUUGCCAACAACUCCCAUCCAGUACGCCCGCUUCUGGACCGACCCGUCCAGCACCGACCUCCACUGGCUCGCCCUCCUCUUCAUGGUCAUGUCUCUCGGCGUCUUCUACUCAACCUUCAUGGCACCCCACGAGCUCUCGGUCGACUCCCCGCAGCCGCCCAUGGACCGCUUCAAACUCUUCCGCGCCGCCGCCGCCUGCUGCCUCGUCUGGGGCAGGUACACCCACCCGACCAUCGCCACCAUCCCGCCCUUCAUCCUCUACGUCGAGGCCGAGUUCAUCAUCUCCCGCGCCGCCCAGAUGAACUGCUACGUCCUCUCCUCCGUCUGCCUCCGCCUCCUCCUCAAGAUGGGCCUCCACCGCGACCCGGACCGCCUCCUCGCCGCGGGAACCGUCAUCUCCCCCUACGAGGGCGAGAUGCGCCGCCGCAUGUGGAAUAUGGCCGUCCAGCUCGACCUCCUCGUCUCCUUCCACAUGGGCCUCCCCAGCAUGCUCAACGGCAUCGACGCCGACUGCAGCCUCCCGCGCAACCUCAUCGACGAGGACUUUGACGAGGACACCCUCGUGCUCCCGCCGGCCCGACCCGCGACGGACUACACCGAGAUGACCUACCCCAUCAACAAGUCCGCCAUGAUGCUCGUCUUCGGCCAAGUCGCGCGGCAGUCCCACCUUCUCACCCCGCCGCCCUACGCCGAGGUAAUGCGCCUCGACGACCUCCUCAACACCUCGUGGUGCGCCGUGCCGCAGUUCAUGAUGGUCAAACCCCUACAGGAGUGCGUCACCACCCCGCCCAUGCAAAUCAUCCAGCGCUUCGGCCUCGCCUCGCUCUACAACAAGAGCCGCUGCGUCCUCCACCGCCGCUUCCUCCUCGACCCCGCGCCGCGCCGCGAGCACGACUACUCCCGCCGGCAGUGCCUCGAGGGCGCCGUCGUCCUCCUCGACUUCCAAAACACGAUAUGGCACGCCUGCCAGCCGGGCAACAUGCUCAGCCAGAACGGCUGGUUCGUCUCCUCGCUCGCCGUGCACGACUUCCUCCUGGCCGCCACCAUCCUAUACCUCGCCAUCGGACACGAACCGUUCUGGGGUGGCGUGGACGGCAAGACCGGCGCGGCGACGACGACGACGACUUCGCCCGGGUGGAUGGCGGAGAUGAAUCCCCCGCCGACGAGGGCGUACCUCCUGCACCUCCUGCAGAGGUCGUAUUCCGUCUGGAUCGCCAUCGCCCGCGGCGUGCACGAGGUGAGGAAGACGGCGGGUAUCCUGGAAACGAUGCUGAACAAGCUGGGGUCGCCGCCGAAUUCUCCGCCAGAGAACGGGGGCGCAAAGGUGUCGUCGGCAUCGGGACUUCGCCAGAGUGACGGGCCGGAAUCGGCUGCUCGAUCCGCCCAAGACGACCAACAGCUACUCGACGGUCUUUCAAUGAAUGACUCGACAUCGUUCCCUACGGCUACGACGAAUCGCUUCCAGCCCUUUGAGUUUGUCACGUCGGGCCUCGGGCCAAGUGAACCUGGGCUCGAUCGUGGAUGGGCGGCGGUUGGCAAUGAAGAGAUGGACUGGCGAUACUUUGACAACAUUAUGGCUCAGCCUCACAACGACCCAGUCGGUCUCGAGUCACUGGACGCGUCCCAGCCGUGGUUUGAACGGACACUGGGACCGGACGAUUUUGAUUUCUCUACGUCUGGUGCAUGGGAUCCAAGCUUGGGAUAA